UAACAUGAUGGAAACUUUGAAAAAGGCACUCGAUAUAAUUGGUAAUACCAUGCUAUAUGGCGAACCGGAAAAUGUUAUCGAGAGAAGUAAUGUAGUAAUGACAUUGGAGAAAACUACUUUACAAAGUCUGGUCAACCAAACAAAUAAUAAGACAGCUUUUCGUAUGGAUUUCAGCAAUGUCACCAACAACGUGAAUUCAUCAGAGGAAUUACAUAUUAAGACGGCUGUUUUCAACAAGAUACCCCAGUAUCACGGUGAAGGAGCAAACAAACUCACAUCAAAAGGAAUUAUGGUUGAUAUCAAAUAUCAGAACAACUCUCGGGCAAAUAUAAGCUUGGAUAUGCAGAUAUCUAAUGAAGGUGUUGCUUUUUCCCAGAAAUAUCAGCCGCUUUACUACAAGGAUGACCCAGACCAAAUGCUGUAUUUCUUUUUUAAUGUACAUAGUGAAAAUGAUGCAGUGAUAUUUUAUAUUCUACCUGAAAAUUUUAAUCCAUUCGACUAUUCCUCCUAUGGAUUGUAUGACGUAUUUGUUCGGUUUAAUAAUUUGCCAUCAACUUCAAUGUUUGACUGGACCUAUAGCAUGACAAUUAGAGAUUGGAUUAAUGAUAAAUACGGCUUCAAAGUAUUCGUUCCGGAAAACAUGCUCAGCGCUGGGAAGGUCUACUUAGCAUUGAAGCCUAUUGAUGCCCCACCACCUCCCGAAGUAAGUAACAGGCUCCGUAAAAGGCGAGCAGCUGAUGUAAAUUCAACGUCGACUAAUCACACCUCAAUAGAUAAUGCGACACACGCGUUCGAACCUGCUGACGUCAAUUUCACCAUGGUGAUCGUAACAACUGGCUGCCGCACUUGGGACGAAGAUAAACAAUUGUGGACUUCCUCAGGCUGUUUAGUACUUCCUUUUUCUACCCUGAACGAGACUUUCUGUCGCUGUCCGGGAGCCACCGGGAAUAUGUUUGCAACCACAUUCGCCAACAGCAUAAACUUUCGGACGGUUUGGUCGAAAUUCGAUGCCAGUAACGCUGCAGUGUAUGGUACGCUGACAGGACUGCUCAUUGUGUAUAUAUUUGCUUGCAUAUGGGCAAGAAAGAAGGACAGACGAGACAAUGAAACGUGGAAAACCAUGUUCCUUUGCGACAGUGACAGUAGUGACAAACACUUUUAUCUGCUGACCAUCCACACGGCUAUGAAGCGAGGUGCAGGAACCAGCUCCAAUGUUAAUUUUGUCGUUGGGAGUGAUGACAAGGAUUCAGGUGUCAGAAUCCUGAGCAACGGAGAUAAAAUCGGUUUCCCUACUGGUAGUGUACGGACGUUUGUACUGGGAACAUUUGAAUCUCUUGGUAACUUACAAUAUCUUAGGAUCUGGCAUGACAACUCUGGAAAAGGGAACAGCGCCUCAUGGAACCUCCAUAAAGUUACAAUUGACGAUCUUCACAUCAAUAAACGAUAUGUUUUCCUUUGUGAUAACUGGUUAUCUGCUGACCAUGAAGACGGACAGACUGUAAGAACAAUUCCUGUUUGUAAUGAUCAAAAACUGAGUGAAUUUAACGUGCUGUUUCCUGAAUACGUAAGACAUGGUAUGACUGAGGACCAUCUGUGGUUAUCCGCAUUUAUGCGUCAAGAAAGAAGCAGUUUUAGUCGCCUCCAGAGAGUAUCAUGCAUUCUGAUGCUGUUACUUUUAACCAUGAUAACAAAUGCCAUGUUCUUCAAGUCGGAGUCAGAGGAGGCUAGUCAAGUGGCGCACGUAUCUGUGGGUAUGAUGAAGUUUUCAUUGUCUACGGUAUACAUAUCUAUAUUUGGAAUUCUCAUCACAACUGGUCCAGUUAUACUUGUGACAUUACUGUUCACAUAUUCAAAACAGAAGCGACAGCAACGUCGAAAGACCAAGAAUAAAUAUCUGGCGGAGAAGCAGCAGAGAGAUGUCGAUGACCAGAUACUUUACUCCAAGGAUCAAAUGCCUCUUCCGUCGUUCGUUAAAAUCCUAGCCUGGGUCAUUAUCGCUUUAGCUGUGAUAACGUCUGCGUUCUUCUUGCUGCUCUUCAGCAUGGACUGGGGUCCGAGUAAAUCGCAGGAGUGGUUGACGUCCUUUUUAUUUUCUUCCGCGACUUCUUUUGUCUUUGUCGAUCCCAUGAAGGUCUUACUUUUGGCGAUGGUGCCAAUAGUUAUAUGCCGGAAACCAUUUCAUACCAAAGCUCCAACAAUGGAUUUACAGAAAGUUCGCGAAGUGGCAAUGACAAUGAAUGGUAGUACUAUUCGUGACCUUAUAUAUUUCCGUUCGUCCAUUUUAUCAGACAACACUCCCAUUGAUAACGAUGUGAUUAGGAGAGUGCGUCUGCAGCAUGAAAAUGAAAGGAAAGCUCUUCAGGCAUUUCUGGAGAUUAUAUUUUAUAUAAUCUUCUCCUAUGUUGUGUUCAGUAUUACCUACAUAGACAGGGAUAUGCGUUCAUAUCAGUUAAAAAAACACCUUCUCAAUAUGAUGGACCCUCCUAAAAUUGGAUUUCGACAGAUACGUGAUGCCCAGGGAUUUGUGAAGUGGUUAAAUGAUACCUUCUACCUACACUAUUUUCCUGUUUCUUACUAUAACGAUGAACCUAUGGGGACACUGGAUCGUUUUAACAUCGACGAUCUCGUUAAUACCAAAAUAGGACCCCCUCGUCUACGUCUCGUCCGAAUGACCAGAGGUAAGUGCCGGAAAUUGGUGAAAAAACGAGACUGUGUUCCUGGCUACAACAUGUAUGAAGAAGACGAGCAAUCCUAUUGUGUUGGUUGGAACGACAACACGUCCACAAAUUGUGACAGUGCCUACUUGUAUUCUGCGGAUGCGUGGCGCUACCAACGGUCCGAGGACAUCUGGGGCACACCUAUAACAGGCGAUUAUGAAACAUAUGGAGGGGGAGGUUACAUCCUAAAACUUGAGAAUGGUCUGGACAGUUCUAGAUACAUUGGAGAGGAAUUGGUAGCAUACCAAUGGAUCAACCGGGAAACAAGAGCGGUAUUCUUAGAAUUCACUCUUUACAAUGCGAACACAAACUUGUUCGUGUACAUGGUAUUCCUAGCGGAGUUCACGGAAAACGGUGGGUUACUUACAUGGGUAGAUAUCUAUCCGUUCCGACCCUAUCAACAUGCUGGGGCUCUAGGCGUAUAUGCAUUAAUUUGCUAUAUCAUCUACAUAAUUGCAAUGUUGUUUGGUACAAUCAAGUUGAUCUUGAAAUUGCGCAAAGAUGGCUGCCAGUGUCUACGUGUUUCUUGGAACUUGGUUGACGUUUUGUGUGUGCUAAUGAGCUUUAUAGCCGUAUCAGUUUGGAUCUUAAGGUUUGUCUACACAAAACAGGCAAUGAACUUGUACUACAAUGACAAAAAAGCCUUCAUCAAUUUUAACCACGUAGUCAUAUGGGAUAUGAUAUUUAAUAUUAUAUCAUCAAUGCUGGUUUUCAUCUCCAACAUUCGAUUGCUCCGCCUUCUUGGGUAUAACAAGAAAAUGUCAGAACUUGCCAGUGUCAUAACAAACGCCGCUACAGACUUAUUUGGUUUUGGAAUAAUAUUCAGUAUUGCUUUCCUAGCGUGGGCGAUGUUUGGGUUCCUCGUUUUUGGUUCCCAAAUGAAUGACUACAGAAGUGUCUUUACUGCGAUGGGAAGUCUUUGUAACUCACUCAUAGGAAAAAACAAACUUGACAUUAUGGUUCAAGCUUCCCCUACCUUGGCUAAACUGUUUUACUUCUCCUAUGUUCUGUUUGUUAUGAUGAUCCUCAUGACCAUAUUUGCUGUGAUUUUAAACCAGAGUAUAACUGAUGUCAGAAGUGAUACAGCGAGAAAUCCAGAUACUUUCGGGAUCGUUGACCUGUUGACCAACUCUGUGUAUGCCAUACUCGGGAUAUCGAGAAAGAAGCGCCAAUGUCAAACGUCCCAAACAAACACAUUUAAUAGCUGGCUUCCCGGCAGUGUUAAUCCUCAGCUUGAUACUACCAACAUUGUAAGGACUAUGAGGGAUAUCUUCGGAGAUGGUUGGUUGAGCAAGGCGACAGUCGACAUAAACCCAUCAGAAGAGCAGACGGAUCAGCAAAUGGAUAUCAAUGUGUCGUCAUCGCUUGAGGCGCGACCACAAGACAACGCAAUGUUCCGCGAGUUCAUGCCAGAGCUGUUCAGCAUACCUAUCACAAUAACAGAGGAAUUCACAAACAAAGAAAGCAGAGAUAAACGAACGUAUUUAUCAUACACGUAAUGGUUUGAUGCUAACGUUACCAUUAAUGAACAUUAUUUCUACAUAUAAUUCACCUUAAGGAAACGUUACCAUGAGUUACAUUCAAAUAGCUUUGUUUUGCUCUGCAUUUACAUUCUUUAAUUGUUAAAAUAUAGUAUAGAUAGUGUCUCAAGACGUGAAUAACACGUGUAUUCAUUUUUUCAUACAGUGUACUUUUAAACAUCUUUAAUUCUGCAAAAGUACAUCUAUCUAUUUCAUGUUGCUGCCUCCAGAAUUAAGUAAUAUAUCUUUCAUGAUUUUUGUAUCCUUUUCACAAUUUCAUAAUUUAUAAUUAGAAAUGUAUCAAUCUAUUUCUAAGCUACUUAAAGUGUUGCUGAUUCAUUAGAUUUAAAAUUAAUCCAGUCAAAAUAUACUUAGUACUUAAUACUAAGUAUGAAUGUGACUAGACUUUGGUAUAUCACAACCAGUAUUGGAGAGGAACACUGCUUAUGAUAUAUCAAAGGCUGUUCACAAAAAUAUAUUGCUGCUUAGAUAAGUUCCUAUUGAUGUUCAUUAAUUAAAUGUUGAAAAAAGUGAAAAUUAUAUCUUAGCAUAAGCACAUUUUAAAUUUUAUAACCAACGGCUGGAAAACUAUCUUUAUUCAUUACUGGAAUCUUACCUGCCAAAGUACUGUAUUAUCUACUGGAAUGUUACUUACUAAAAACACUGCAUUAUCUCCUUGAAUGUUACUUACCAAAGUACUGUAUUAUCUACUGGAAUGUUACUUACUAAAAAUACUGCAUUAUCUCCUUGAAUGUUACUUACCAAAGAACUGUAUUAUCUACUGGAAUAUUACUUACUAAAAACACUGCAUUAUCUCCUUGAAUGUUACUUACCAAAGUACUGUAUUAUCUACUGGAAUGUUACUUACUAAAAAUACUGCAUUAUCUCCUUGAAUGUUACUUACCAAAGAACUACAUUAUCUCCUUGAAUGUUACUUACCAAAGAACUGUAUUAUCUACUGGAAUAUUACUUACUAAAAACACUGCAUUAUCUCCUUGAAUGUUACUUACCAAAGAACUACAUUAUCUCCUUGAAUGCUACUUACCAAAGAACUGUAUUAUCUACUGGAAUGUUACUUACUAAAAAUACUGCAUUAUCUCCUUGAAUGUUACUUACCAAAGAACUACAUUAUCUCCUUGAAUGUUACUUACUAAAAAUACUGCAUUAUCUACUGGAAUAUUACUUACUAAAAACACUGCAUUAUCUCCUUGAAUGUUACUUACCAAAGAACUUAAUUAUAUACUUGAAUGUUACUUACUAAAAAGCUUCAUUAUCUCCUUGAAUGUUACUUACUAAUAAAAACUACAUUAUCUCCUUGAAUGUUACUUACCAAAGUACUGUAUUAUCUACUGGAAUGUUACUUACCAAAGAACUACAUUACCUACUGGAAUGUAACUUACUAAACAAACUACAUUAUCUCCUUGAAUGUCACUUACCAAAGAACUACAUUAUCUUCUGGAAUGGUACUUACUAAAGAGCUACAUUAUCUUGAAAAAAUGUAACUAGAAAUUAUGUUAAGUUAUGGACUCCAAUAUUAGGUUAUUAAUUCAUUAUGUUUUGUGGAAUUAGUUUUCAUAUAUCAUGCUUCUGCUGUGGCAAUAUUGCCUCUCGAUAUUGAAUUAAAUAUUUUGCUGGAAAUCUAUUUUAUUCUUUAAAAUAUACAAUUGUAAUACAGUAUAUUUUUUUUAUUUUUAAGAUAUCAUUUGUUGAUUGUUUCAUCAUCUUGUUCAGAAUCAUCUGUGAAAGCUCUCACUUUUUGUUGAAGAAAGAGGUGCACAUAAUUACGCACUGGUUUGUUGAUAUUGUUUGUGUAACUUUUAAAAAUCUUCCUAGUACUAGACAUUUUAAGCCAUGUUUAUUCAUUGAAUAUAUAUAGUGUGAUUUUAUUAAAUAACAUACAUAAGCAUUU